AUGCUUUUGACUCCCGCUGCUCCUCGUUGUCGUCAUCACAUCAGUGCGAAUGGAGGACAACCACAAUUAUUAAAGUCGGAAUUAACGGCCCGACGUCAUUCGUCUUUUUCUUCUUCUUCGUCUUCUUCCUUGAGUAGUAACAACAACGCAAAGGUAAAGAACAGGACUUUUAAGAAGAAACAACAAAAACGAAGAAGAUUUUCUAUAAAAGCGUUGGUGUCCGUGGACGUCGGCCCGGCGGCGGUUUUAGGCACUUCGUUAAUGCUCUCCUCGAUCGCGUUGUACCAAAUUCGAGCGACACGACCGGAAGUCUCGAGAGAUAAAGACGUGUUUUUCUCCUCGGUCGGUUUACUCUGCGGGGGGAUUUUGGUCUUUCAAGGGUGGCGAUUAGACCCGUUAAUGCUGUUUGGACAACUCAUGACGGCUGGAACUGCGAUUGCGUUCGCCUCGGAAACGAUUGGUCUGAGACAGAACUUGUUAGAGGUGGAAGAGGAGAGAGGGUACGACGGUAUCGGCGACGACGAGGAGGACGACGACGACUACGAUUUGAGAAGAAGGAGAAGAGGCAGACGUGGUGGCGGAAGUGGAACAGGGCGAAAAAGGAAUAAUAAUACUAAUCGAGGAUACGCGUUACCGUCGCAAACGCAAAGCGGAUUUCGGAGCUUCGACGACUCGUUCGACGAUUUGUACGAGGACGACCGGGACGGCGGGAUGAUGGAACAACAACGAAGAGGAUUUACUACGAGUAGCGGUAUCGGAGGGCGAUACAUAGGUACCGCUGCUGCUGCCGCCGCUGGGAAUUCGAGCUCGUUUUACGACGACGACGACGACCUGGAAGAAGAAGAAGAAGAUGACGAAAGAGGAAGCGAUUUCUCUCGCGAGUUUCAACGCUCGUCCUCGCGACGACGACGACCUAAACGAGAAGAAGAAGAACAAGAAGAAGAAAACGAAAGUAGUCCGACCAAACCUUCCCUGGACGUUUGGGGCAGCGAAGGCGACGACGUUUUUUGA